AGAAUUGUGCAACUUCUAGGGCUACAUUUUGGCGAAGGAAGCGCCACUGGGAAUCCAUGGCUGCUGGAGUGGCUCGGGGGAAGCUCGGUGCUUUGGCUGCCAUGUUGGCCAAGUUCCCGGAUUGUGGGAAGAAUGUGGGCUCUCUGGACUGGAUUCGAUCCAACAGGAGUUGCCCGGGGUUUGCAUUCGGGGAGUUUGAUCAGGUGAUGAGAGACAACUCGAGCUGGCGGGGCUAUCGCCGGACGGGCGAUGAGCGAGGCGUGAAUCUGUGGGGGAAGAAGAAGCCCGGGAAUUGCAGCUAUUGCGGGAAGAGUGGACACUGGGAGCAAGACUGCCGAGUGAAGAAGAUGGACGAGAGAUGGUCCGACGAGAACAAUUCGCGCAGUGGGAUGCGAAGGUCUGGAUUGUCACCCGAUUGAUCGCAACUUAAGGUUAGUCUCAGUUCAUCGGUUCUUAGUUUAGAUGAAUCAGAGUGGAAACAAACUUCUGUUACUCGGUUUCUUUCUCGAUGGAUGAGGCGAUUGUCACGUCAAAGUCAUGUCUCCUUGAUCUUCGGACGGGUGGAGGAGACGUGUGUCGCUGUGCUUCCGCCUUGGAAUAUGCCAUUGCCAUCUUUCAGGGAGAAAGAAGAUUUCAUGAUUUUUAUUUAUCUGACUCGUCCAACUGUAUGGUGAGAUUGCACACAAAAUCAAAAAACAACUCAUAUACAUUGCGGCCAAC